AUGCGAAAGGAUAAUUUCACAAGAGUUCGCCGAACAUGGCUUGGUCUACUCAAUAUCGUGCUUGCAAUCGCAACCAGCUUACGUUCAGAAGGCGAUUUACCGGCUGGUAAACGGAUUCAGGAGUCGGAUAUCUAUAUUCAACGAGCAAAUGGGCUGUGUGAUCGGGAUUCUAAGCGGAAUGCGAGUCUGGAAAUGGUGCAAUACCUUUUGAUUCUGGGGCAGUAUCUCCAGGGAACUCAGAAAUCAGUUCUGGCGUGGACGACUCACGGACUAGCUAUUUCAGCUGCUUUUCAGCUUGGCUUGCACUCGCCUGAAGCGAAUCGGCGGUUUUCAUCGUUGGAGGGUGAAAUUCGGAAGAGGACUUGGCACGGGUGUCCACUGAUACAUGUCAUAUAUCAGAACACCCAGUAUGACAUUCGGCCGACCAUGUACUAUUCCAGAAUCAUAUGUGAAACUGGAGAUGCCUCUCAGAGAUACGCCUCUGGAUGGCUGGUUCUUUUACCGCGGCAAUGUAAGCUAAACUAUUCCGCUCCCGUCUGGGCCGUUAACCCAUGCUUAUAUGGUGUCCUGGAAAGAAAACUCUACGUUGUCAUGUUUAACGUUCUUGACAGCUGCUACUGUCAGAAUCCAGGCUUCGACCAGUCUUUUUCUACAGCAUCGAUCGUACCCCAGAUCCUAGAAGGAGAGCGUCAACUCGAGGAAUGGUAUGCGCAGACCGAGUCGGAGCUCGGAAUCCGCCUCUGGCAUGAAUUGCUAUUGGCAGAGGAUUUAGCAAAGAUGGACCAGCAGUCUACUAUUUGUCACCUAUUUGGAAUUGUCCUUUCUGUGCGAUAUCAUAACCUGCGGAUUCUACUCUAUCACGAGUUCUUGGAGAGCUUCCUGGGUUCGUGUUCUCAUGGCCCUGCACAGUCGACUGCGGGAUUUUCGUGGAGGAGCCUCAUUACGCAGAUCGAAUUUACGGGAGUGCAGAAUUGCAUUGAGUCGGCCAAGUCGAUUAUUUCGACUGUUCAUACGAUUACUUCGUCGAUUGGGUGGCAACGGGGUCUUCUUGGCGCCUGGAACUAUUCGCUUUACUACAUUGAGUUUUUCUCCCGUGUCGUCAAUGUUUGGAAUUUUAUUUCUCAUCUCUCUUAG